GUCCGUCCACUGCAAGUCGCAUUUGGAGCUGAGUCGAGAAAAGAUCACCGUUCCGAUUCGACGUCGUCGUGUUGCGAUUUUUCUUCGCGUUGUCGAGUUUAGGUCAUUGAAGAAAAAAAAAAUAAUUUGUCAUCAGCGCCACUAAUCGGAAGAGCUGGCAAAGAUCCGCUGAAUCUUCUUGGACUGCCCAGCAGCAUCCGGACAUUGUUGUGGUGCGUGCGUGCGCGAGUUUUUAGUGCGGAAAAGUUGUGUGUUUUCCGAUCCGGACGGAACUGCGGGACGGAUUUUUUCCCUGCUGCGCUGGUGUUUUGUGUGGUGUGCGAAGGUAGGAGGAGGAAUCCGAAUCUGGUUCCCGUUGGGUCAUCACCGUGUGUGUGUGAUAGUGGAUGAAGAAGAGGUGGAGGUGUGUGGUGCAUUCCAUCUUCUCGGAUUCUCGAGUGCAGAAAAUCCGUCGCGGGGUGAUUGGAGAAGAUUGGAUUACUACCUGGGUCAUCCAGCCAGCACCAGUGUGAAAUUGUCGACCGACCAGCAAAAAGCAGGGUGAAACAAUAGUGUCUGUGUAUAUUGCAAAACAAAGGUGACGUGUGCUUAGUAGUACCUACGAACGCGCUGCUCCCCUGCGGGCGAAGUGUUGCAGCAGCAUUGCAGCCAAAGUCGUUGAAAGAAAUACAGAGAAAAAAAAAGUGGAAUACACAAGUCGCGUGGUGGUUUUAGCCUGUGCUUGUUGCGCUCUCCCCAAAGCGAAGGGAAUAAGAAAGCUGCUGCUAAGUUCGGUACCAACAACUACAACAACAACAACAGCUCCCAAGUUCGGAGCAACGACGAGUGCUGCAGCAGAGUGAGAAAUAUUUGGGAAGAGAAAGUAGUGGUUUUAAUUUGGGUGGCGGCGCGAAGAGUGUGUGUGAUUUCGAGAUCGCGGUGAAGUUUUUGUGUGGCGCACUAAGCGCGCGGCUUAGCGCCUAAGCCCCCAAAUAGUGGAUAUAGAGGUGAAGAAAGGGAGUACCACCACUCCCCCGCCCCCCGUUCACGUUUGUCGCACAAUCUGAGAAGAAGCGAGUGCGCGAGAUCUAGUUUCGCUAGUUCGAACGCUUCAACACACAUGUGUGUAAAAAAUAUACGUGCUGAGAGUGAUUAAGUUUGAGGCCGGUGUGAUAGCGCGCGGAAUCAAGGCGGAUAAGUGGACGCGGUGGUUGAGAAUAGCAGAGUAACUACACUACUGGUGGUGAUACAUCGAGGAUAGUUCGGGAGCACCAGGUGGAUUGAUCAUGGAUUCGCAGCAGGCUCCACAGCCGCGGUCUGCCUACGAGAUGGAGACGCAGGAGUCGAGAUUUGCCAAACAACGUGCCUCAGUCAAGUGGCUCCUGUCGAAGGCGUACAACAACCGCGUGCCAGAGUUCCUCAAGGAUCCGUUCUACCGGGACCACGAGGGCCAGGACCACCUGAAGCCACAGAUCGUGGUCGGACUGGGGAACGCCUCCAUCUACUGCCAGGUGCUGAGCAACAUCUACUCCGACCCCAACUACCAGAGCCUGAACCACUGGUCGAUCCUGCAGACGCUGUCCCGCAAGGGUGUGCCACUGAACGAAUCCUCGGACCUGCCCCUCACCGAGACCGUUCUGAUUCAGACGAAUCCUCUUAGAAUUGACUCCAUUCACAACAUCCUCAUAGUUAGUAAUUUCUCCGAGCGGAGUUUGCCAUACUCAGUGUUCCACAUGACGCCAGAGGACAUAACCUACAUGCGAGGAGCCAUGAAGCAAAAUCUAGUGGUACUACUGGCCGAUCUGUUCAAUCUGUUCGAGAUCCAUCCGGCCAAGUGUGUAUGCUAUCCCGGCAUGGAACAGCAGCAGGUAGCCGACUCGGCUGCCACGAACGAGCACGGCAUUGCGCAUCGGCGCGGCUUCGCCACCCAUCCGCCCAUUCUGGCCAUUCCCGAGCUGCGGUCCGGGCUCGAUUCGCCACCGGGUAGCGGCGGCAGUGGUGCCAGCGCGGGAAGCGGCGGCAGCGGCAACGGUGGCGCCCACCCGAGGCCACCGUUUCAAGUGACGCGUUCACCUUCUGCGAGUACCCUACGGAAGCAUGUCUCUUCCCGGGAUAUGCACGAUCAACAGCCACAGUAUUCACAGCACUCGCAGCAGUCGUCGCAUCAGCCGUACCACCAAGAUCAUCAGGACGAAGGCUUCGUGGUCCAUCGGAGUAAAGGAGUGCCAACACUGUCCUCGAUGCAGGAACCGCUGGUUCCUGCACGUAUAAGACAAGCCAAGGAAAAGACCAACAACGACUCCAAAGCGGAAGAGCGAGGCGAUAGUAUUCCAGCAGGUCGGCCCAGCAACUGGGAGGAGAACCGGAAGCAGAGCUUUUCAGGUCGCCGAUCACGCCGCAACUCGCUCAGUGAAGACUCUCAGCUGACGAUCGAGAACUUUGGUGGUUCGCAAGACCAGCUCAACACGAUCGGUCGGUUCGAGCGGGAGCGCAAAACAUCUAGCGCCAGUCUCACCUCGGUGGAACCCGUUACGCCGGCGCGGUCAUCCAUAGCCGAUGCACGCGGUUCCAUUCAGUUCGGGUACGACACGGACUCGUCCGGGAACGAGAAACAGGACCGGGACACCGAGAAGCCAACGCCGGCCCUUCGGCGGUACAACAGCACCAAUCUACAUUCCAACAGUGGCGGUGGCGGUGGCGGUGGCAUCGAUCGGGGGGACAUCAUCGAUGGUGACAUGAGUUCCGUUGGUGGUUUCGGGGGCGGUGGCGGCGCCGGUCCCGUCAGCGUGGCCGAUGUGGAAACGACCCCGCGGAGGAAAACUUCGUUCGCGACGCUGCCCAACAAUACCACAACGUGGCAGCAGCAGGCCAUCAGCGUGCAGAAGAUGGAAGAUGUCGAUGACAGCCAGUCCGGGUUCGAAGAUGCCACCAAGAUAUCCACCAUCAAGCUAAAGCUGGAGGAGAAGCGCCGCCUGAUUGAGCAGGAAAAACGCCGGAUGGAGACCGCCUGGUCCAAGCAGCUGCAAACGGUUGGAAAACAAGCCUUUUUACAAGCUAUUAACAAGGGCAAGGGUGGUGGUGGCGGCAGCAUGUCGGAAUCGGACACUUCCAAAGAGUCCCCCGAGAAUGCGACCAAUAUGAUGAUGGUGGAGGACAGCAUCACUACCAUCACCAGUACCAGCACCGUAGAUAGAGCCGAACGACCGUGUUCUCUAAAGGAUCUAGACGAUCAGAGUAAAUACGAAUCAAAGUGGAAUGCACAAAUCAUCGAACCGAAGAAAACGCCAGAUUUGGAGAACAUGGACUUGGAACAGUAUCAACAAAGUAUAUCAAAAAUGAACUCCAACCUGCACGACAUUCAGGCCGACAUCCAACGUCUCACGCAGCAGCAGACGCAAAUCCAAGCGCAAACCCUCCAAGCCCAACAGCUGUUGCAUGCCCAGCAGAUCGCCAAUCUGCUGAAUCAGCAAUACGGCUCCCAACAAAACAUUCAGCAAACCAUUCACGGAACCUACCGACCUAUCAACGCACAACUGUUCGGUUCUAGUCCCCAUCUACCCCAGCAGAACGCACCACCCCUGCUGCAGCAACAAUCUCCGAUCAACUAUGGCACCCGGCCACCUAGUCGCGAUCCCUAUCUGACACAGCAACAGCAGUUGCACACCCUGCAGUACGUUAAUGACCAGGGACAGUACAUACAGCAGGCUCAACAGCAGCAGCAACAGCACUACAUGGGCUACGAGAACGGCCAGUAUCGGAAAGAAAACCAAUACUCGUCCAACCCGUAUCUGAAUACUGAUCAACAGCAGCAACAGUUCUAUCAGGACUCCAACCACUACCGGGACCCAUACCUACCCCAAGAAGUGAAAGAACCUCCCAUUCAGCAAUCGCAACAACCGCAGCACAACCAAUUCUUCUUGCACGACAGUAGCGGAGGUGGAGGCGGUGGCACUCCGCCGCAACCUGCCCAACGCCGGACGUGGGCACAGUCAGCGGCAGCGGCCGCCAACCAGCGGGGAAGUAGCGCCUCCAGCGAAAUUCAGCUGGACAUCAACGCCUGGAACCAGGGCAUCAAGAGCUCACCGUAUAACAACAAAUCUCCUAGUCAAAGCGGUUUCUCGCUGCAUCACAACGGUGACUCUGGUGCCGGUGGCGAUGGGUACGGAACCGGCAGCCGGUACGGCGGCAGUCAACAGUCAUUCCAGAAUCUGUUCGAGGUCCAUCACGGCUCGUCCGGAAGUCCUCAGCACAGUCGGGUGCGGAACCAAAUCUCGCAGAUGAUCAACCAUGGAGUGGGUAGUAGUAAUUCGUCGCCUGGAGUCGAAACCCGGAGCCAUCAUGACUCGUUCCGGGACAAUCGGAAUAUGCCGCUGUCGCCGCCGAUUGACGACAUGGCACCGCAAAGCAUUUCGUUCAUCGGGGACGAAGACACAGGGGAUAUCGAGAUCAACACAUCGAAGGGAACUAGCUUUACGCUGCGGCAUCAGGCGCAGCAGCAUCAACAGGACCAGCUGGAACAGCUGUACGGUAGCAGUAAGCAGGGUAGCAAUAAGAUGCAGCAGAACAAUGGACCCGAGCUGAACAAACACCUGAGCAAGUUGAACAUCACCAGCGGAAAUCGCACUUACAGGAUUCCAUCGCCGACGCGGCCGACUUUGAACUCGAAUAGUUUCCAUGACCCCCAGCAGGACGAGGUGAACGAGAAAGGUUUCUACAUCUCAUUCGACAACGAGCAGCCAAAGCGACCGAAACCUCCGCUCCGUACCAAGCGGUCACCAAAGAAGGACAAACUGGGCGACCCGUUGGAACAUAGCAGUAAAGAAUCCGAAAAACCCAGCCAUAGAGAAAACAAUCAAAACAAUUUCGGCACCUUUAGCGUGAAGACGGCCAACAGUUUCUCGGCCAAUUUCAACGAGGAGCAAGUGGUCAGCCGCAAGAGCAUAAUCGACAGUGCGACUUCCCCCUUCGAGACGGCGGCGACGGCCACCGGAAGCAACCAUCGGUCCCACAGCAGCCAACUCAACAACAACAACAUCCAUAGUGGCAGUAGCAUGGCCGCCACCAUGAUGGAGCGGGACAUUGGCGAGCGGAGGCACCUGGAGGAUGUGACGAACCACACUGGUAGUGCGAUGAAUAAUAACCUUAUUCACCAUCAUCAUCAUUACAACAAUAACAACAACGGGGACGGGUAUGGCAGCGAGAAUGAGAACCAACGGAAGGCCAAACUAGUGAUAGGAAGCGACGAAGCCAAUCUGGAUCCGAAUUCCGUCGACGAGAUGGAGCGGAAGAAGGAGAAAAUCAUGCUGCUGUCGUUGCAACGGCGGCAGCAAGCCGAGGAAGCCAAAGCCCGCAAGGAGAUCGAAGCCAUGCAGCGGAGGGAGAAGGAACGCGAGAAGGAGGAGGAACGGGCACGCAAAAAGGAGGAACAGUUUGCCAGGCGGCAGGCCAUCCUCGAAGCGCACAAACUCAAAAAGGCCAUCGAAGAAGCGGAGAGAGAAGGUAAGACCAUCGAUCGGGAACUCCUGAUCAAGCACCAGCAGAGCCAAGCUCAGCUACAGCAGUCCAGCCGGGGAGGAGGAGGCGGCGGCGGACACGACGGCAUGCACCACCAAACCUCAUCGACACCGUCGGCGGCGGCCAAGAUGCGCCCGCAGAAACUCACCCGGCCUCGGCCGAAGACGAUACACGUCGAGACGGGCUCGGUCGAUCUGAGCGAAACCUCCAGCCUCAGUAGUCGGGGUAAGAAGGGAUCCAACUCGAAUCUGACCGGAAUCGGCCUGCACAGCUCAAAUUCCAUGCGACGAGAUUACUACCGAGGAUCGCAGGACUCAUUAGCGAUAAGAGAAUCACCGGAUGAAUAUCCUAGUAGCAGCUCAACGCCAAUAGGCCGACGGGGCUCCUACAAAACUGGAAGAGAACCGGCGACGAUCGAACGAGGUCGUACCUUAUCACGUAUCUCGCUAGCGAAAGGUGCCAAUUUCCGGGGACGUAAAUCCAACUCCCUGAUGAAUCUAUGCGAUUCCGACUCCGGUCUGGGACGUGCGACGCCGCCGAGACGUGCGCCGUCGCCCGGCAUGGGACCCUCGAGUCGUCAUCUGCCAUCGCCGUCGGGCCCCGGUUCGCUACCGCCAGGUCUGAUCACCAAACGGCGCGGCUUCGACGAUGGAUCCAGUGAUAUCUCUUCCACCGCCAGCUCCAUGAUGGACUACAAUGGUCCGAAACUCUACAAACAACCGGCGACCAAGUCGAACCGGGGCAUCAUCCUGAAUGCCGUCGAGUACUGUGUCUUCCCCGGGGCGGUGAACCGCGAGGCCAAACAGAAGGUGCUGGAGAAAAUUGCCCGAUCGGAGGCGAAACACUUCCUGGUGUUGUUCCGGGACGCGGGCUGCCAGUUCCGGGCGCUGUACGGCUACUGGCCGGAGAACGAACAGAUCAUCAAGCUGUACGGAACGGGACCGAGCCAGGUCGACGACGUGAUGUUCGAUAAGUUCUUCAAAUACAACUCCGGCGGCAAAUGUUUCUCGCAAGUGCACACCAAACACCUCACCGUGACGAUCGACGCCUUCACGAUACACAACUCGCUGUGGCAGGGCAAGAAGGCGAACCUCCCGAGCAAAAAGGACAUGGCCCUGGUGAUUUGAAGCACUCGCCGCGACGGCGGUGGCGCCGAUCGCCGACGAUCUGUUACUGCAACGAAAGUGCUAUAAGAAGGAAUUCCUGCGCCUCAGGAAUCUCUCGUUUUUUUUUUUCUUUUUGGCGUUCGCGUUCCAAGGAAGGAGCAUACCUACUCUGUGUGUCAAAACAACAACUAACCUGCACUGCAACAACCAAACCAGCAAAAAAACAGGAAUGGGACAGUAUUUUUCUUCCUCCCCCGGUAAAUCGUGUCGUCGUGCGUGUAAGUUUGUCUAUUUUUUAUUUUCCGAGGGAAAAGUUUUGCUGCAAUUAUGAUGGGCGAACCUCAUGCAACGUGGAUCCGAGGACAAAGGAACAAUGCUCUGGGUAGUGAAUGUGAUUCAUCAUCAGCUUAGGGACUAGGGACUGCGUCAAACGAAUUGAGUAGGUUUUUCAGGAGAAACUUGAUUGAUGAGCUAGUUCCGCUUGAUUUUCCGCGUUGUCCGUUAUAGAAUCUUAGCAGAGUCAAAGAGCAUCCAGCUCACCUUUCUUGUGUAUUUUCCUCUUUGUAAAAAAAAACGUAGCCUUUCUCUUGUAAAAUUCUAACCACACUUUCCGCUGCAUGCUCUGAAUAGUAGGAUAACUCGAACAAUUAACGACUGUUGUACAUAGGCUAUUAUGGAUAUAUCGAUUAUAUUAGUUAGCGCUCUCUUUCUCUUCCUCUAAAGUUACACAGAAAAAAAAACAAACGAGUUAAGUUCAUGUUCAUGCGGAAAGGUCACUUUUAGGAAAUCAAAUUACUUGUCAUUGGACGCAAAAAAAAACAAAGUUCUGUUUGUUACUGAUCUACCAACAACACUCUAUCGAUUGCAUACCGCGGUCAAUAAAUGCGUGUAGGAAGUGUGAAAGUUCUCCUCAUUUAGGAUACCUUUUUCUGGUGGUGUUUUAGGGACACCACCUCUUCGGACAACCUGUCCUGUCCUGAUCCUUUCCUGACGUAACAUAGGUUCGGACUUAAACUGGCAAAAAAUGGGCCGUUGACUUUGCUGAUUUUUGUUCAUCGGAAGAUGCUUUACUGCCAUGUCCUAUUCCAUGCAAUCUAAUCUGAUGGAAUCAUAGAAGCAAUCUAAUCUGAUGGAAUCGUAGAAGUAUUACUGAAGGAAUUUCAAAGGAAAAACCAGGAAGGACUUAAUUGUCUAUAGAUCAGUUCAGAAGCUCAAUAUUAAAAUGUGAUGUUCGUCAAACUUGUAUAUUAGUAUGUUUUCAAAAAUUAUCACAAAGGACGCCAAAUUACAAUUCUCAGUUGUAAGAGCACUAGUAUCAUCUAGUCAUAAUAAACGAUUGAAAAAUACUAUCGUUUAGUAUCAGUAGGUGGUACUAGAACUUUCACGCCCUUAAUAUUAGAGUUAGAAUAUGGCGUCCUCUCUGAAAACUGUAGGAAAAAAAACUGAUCUACAAGUUUGGCGUACAUCACAUUUUAUUAUAAGGCUUCUGAUCUGAGUUAUAGACAAAUGAGUCAUACGAUCGCCACAUGACCGAUAAAAUCCUUGAACAGGUGAAAACACACAGAAAGAACCCUUUGAGGAGUCUCACAGGAAGAUCACAGAGAACAUUCUGUAGGAAUUCCAGAAAGAAAUUCUAAAAAAUCUCAGAGAACUUGUGGAACCCGAGAAGAAAAUUCUGGACGAAUCCCAUAAGAAAUAUCUGGAGGAAUUCCUUACAAAGAAAAAACUAGAAAGAACUCUAGAAUAAAUGGAGAUUGUUAGAAGAACUUUCUGGAGAAGUCCCAGGAGAAAUUACUGGAAGGAACAGCUACAAGAAACAGCUGGAUAAAUUUCAGAAUAAACUUCACCACAAAUACCUAUCAGAGAAAUCUACUCCCUGAUGAAUUACAGAUGGAAUUUUGAAGGAAUCACAUACUUAUCCUUGUGAAAAAACAGAAGAAUUUCUCAAAAACACGAAGAACAUAAGAAGGAACAUUCAGAGGGAACUACUGGAGAAAUUACAGAAAGAACUCUUGAGAAAAUUUCAGAAAGAAAGGCAGGAGAAAUACCAGAUGAAAGUUCAGAAGAAAUUCUUGAAAGAACCCCUUGAGGAAUCUUAGAAGUUUUUUUUUUUUGAGAAAUCUCAGAGGGAUUUACUGAAAAGAAUCUGAAGGAACUACAGGAGAAAUAUCAGAAAGAACUACUGAAAAAAAAAUCAAAUCACAAAGCAGCCUGAAGGUCGAGGCGUGUUUUCUUUUCCAAGAUUCAUGAAACUCGACACAUCGCAAGCCAGGAUUUAACACUGGUAAAACGUAGCCACUAGCUCUGAGAAACCAGGUAGCCGGAAGAUCAACGAAUGUGGCCAAUGCGAGCAUUGGGCAAGUUUGGCAGAGACAUCGAUUUUUGUGAAUCGAUUCGAAUUGGACCAGCAGAAUCGAUUCGCCGAUUUAAUCGAAUGCUUUGAAUCGAUGUUUUCACAUUAGACCGGCCCACAUUUGUAUGGCGAGAAAGAAAAGUUGGAAAAAUAUACGGGGCACCCUCUAGAAUCGUGCCUUUGGAUGAGAAGAACAAUCUGUGAAAGAUUCAACUCAAUCGGUUUAAAACUGAGCUGGCGCAAAUGAGUUAAAGGUUUGUAUGGGAUUUUCAGUCCAAAUAUAUGGGAAAUUGGAUGACCUACAGUCUCUCACUCAGUACACCGGUUCAGCGAGUUCGAUUUAGCUCAGAAUUGAAAGAAUGGUAGUUGAUACUCUAAGGAACAACUUUGUAGAAGACCAUAUCAUGAUAAAACUUAUUUUAGUUGCGGUUUCAGCUAACGAAAGCAAGAUGAGGACAUCUUCCCCCGUUUACUCUCGGUUGUUACAUGUAGCACGUGUUUGUCGGUCGAAGCUUGCGCACUACAUCAUAGGCAGCUAUGUAAUUCUUCAUUGUUUCGAUACCCGCCCACAUGCGUGAGCAAUUGAAAUGAAGGACAACAUAGCCGCCUAUGAUGUUGAGCGCAAGUUUCGAACAGCAAACACUUAGUGCAUGUAACAACAGAGAGUAAACGGGGGAAGAUGUCCUCAUCCUGCUUUCGUUAGCUGAAACCGCAACUAAAAUAAGUUUUAUCAUGAUAUGGUCUUCUACAAAGUUGUUCCUUAGAGUAUCAACUACCAUUCUUUCAAUUCUGAGCUAAAUCGAACUCGCUGAACCGGCGUACUGAGUGAGAGACUGUAGGUCAUCCAAUUUCCCAUAUAUUUGGACUGAAAAUCCCAUACAAACCUUUAACUCAUUUGCGCCAGCUCAGUUUUAAACCGAUUGAGUUGAAUCUUUCACAGAUUGUUCUUCUCAUCCAAAAGCACGAUUCUAGAGGGUGCCCCGUGGAAUUUUUCGACAUUUUUGUAUUUGGGCCAGUCUAUUUCACAUCGAUUCGGUAUUAUGAUAAAUUGCAAAACCAUAAAAUGAUACGUUUGCCGCAUGGAGUACAAGUUCAUGGGAUGAUUUAUUUGAUAUCAAUUUAAUAUAAAAAAUUGAGAUUGUAAAUCGAACCGUCUCUGGAGGAAUUCCUGUAUGAAUGCGUGGAGGAUUCUGGAAGAAAUCUCGAAGGAAUCCCUGGAUGAACUCCUGGAGGAUUUUCUAGAGGAAACCUGGGAGGAAUCCCUGGAGAAGAAACAUCUUGAGGAAUUCAUGCAGGAAUCCUUGGAGAAAUUUCUGGAGAUAUUCUUGGAAGAACUCUUGGAGCGCUUUUUGGAAAAUUGCUGGAGGAAUCCCUAAAGAGAUAUCUGCAAGAACAUCAGGAGGAAUGCCUAGAUGAUCUUCUUGUCAAAUUCAUGGCGGAAUCCCAGGUUGAACUCCUGGAGAAAUCCUUAGAGGAAUUCUUGAAUAAAUCCCUGGAAGAAUCUUUAAAGGAAUUCUGGGAGGAAUCCCUGAAGAAAUUUCUGAAGAAAUUACUAGAGGGAUUCCCCGAGAACUAUUUCUGGAGAAAUUCUUAGAGGAAUUUCUGGAGGAUCAUCGGUAAAAUUUCUGAAGGAAUCUCUGGAAGAAUCCUGAGAGGAAUCCCUGCAGAAAUUUCUCAAGAAAUUCCAAGAGGAUUGCCCAGAGGAAUUCCAGUAGGAAACCCUGGAAAAAAAUCCCGGAGGAAUCCCUGGAAAAAUUCCUAGAGGAAUUCCUGAAUAAAUUCCUGAAAGAAUUUCUAUAGAAAUCCAUGGAGGAAUUCCUGGAUCAAUUUCUGAAGAAAUAUCUAGGGUAAUCCCUGGAGAAAUUCUUGGUGAAAUUUCUGGAAGAGUCCGUGGAGAAAUACCUGGAUGAAAUCCUAGAUGAAUGCUUGGAGAAAUACCUGGAAUAAUGCCCAGAUAAAUUCAGGGAGGAAUGCCUGGGGGCAUUCCCGAAGGAUCCCAGAAGAAAUCCUCGAAGGAGUUCCUAGAGGAAUUUCAGAAGGAAUUUAUGCAGGAAUCACUGGAGAAAUUCUUGAAAUAAUUCCUGGACUAGUUGCUGGAUGAACUCCGGGAGGAAUUCCGGGGAAAAUUUCUGAAGGAAUCCCUAGAGGAUUUUCUGGAGAAAUUGCUGUAGGUAUUGUGGAGUUAUUCCUACAGAAAUUCCUGGACGAAUGCUAAGAGCAAUCCCAAUAGAAAAUCCUGAAGGAAUGCCGGGAGGAAGCCCUGGAGAAAUUCCUGGAGACAUGCCUGUAGGAAUUCCUGGACGAAUCUCUAGAAAAAAUCCUUGAGAAAUCUCUAGAGGAAGUCCUGGAGGAAUCCCCAUAUACAUUCCAUGGGAAAUCCCUGGAGGAAUCUUUAGAGAAGUCCCUGGAGGGUUUCUCAGGGAAUCUCUAAACAGUUCCUGGAGGAAGUCUAAGAUUAAUUCCUGGAAGAGUUUCUGGAAGAAUUCCAGGAGGAAUUCCUGAAGAAAUCCCAAGAAGAGUUCUUGAAGGCAUUUAAAAAAAAAUCCUGGAAGUUGUUCCCGAAAGAAUCACAGAAGUAAGGAAGGAGGAAUCUUGGAGAAAUUUGUGAAGAACCCCCAUGAUGAAUCCCGGAAGCAAUCCCAUGAGGAAUUCCCUAGGGAACUCACAAGAGCUUUCUUACUGAAUUCCUGGUAGAAGCUCUGUAGGAAUCCUUGGAUGAAAAUUUGAAGAAAUCCAUGUCUGCAGUAAUUUAUCUGGACGAAUUAUUGUAGGAAUACUUCGAUGGACCCCUAAAGGAUUUUUUAAGAAAUUCCUAGAAAAUUUUUAUUAAUCUUAUUGGAAUCAUUGGAGCAAUCUCCAGCAGAACUCUGAAAGAAAUUCUUGAAGAAAUCUCUGAUGGAAUAUCUGCAGAAAUACCUCAAAGGAUCUCUGGAGAAAUUCCGGAACGAAACCUCGAAAACAGCACUCGAACAAUCACUGGAGGAACCUUUAAAGAUAUCCCAGGAAAAAACCCGAAGAAAUGUCAGAUGGAAUCCCUAGAUGAAUUCUUAAAGAAUUUUCUGGAGAAGUUCAAGAUGGAAUCACUGCAGCAAGCUAUGGAAAAAAAUCCUGGAGGAAUUGUUCAUACUCAUAUAGGGCAGUGCAUGAAAUUAUCUCCUUCUCUUUCACUCUUACAGAAAUUUUGUAAACAACAAGGCCAAGAAACGUCAAAAUCCCAUACGAUAUCAAAACAAUGCAGUGCCCUAUAGUUUACGAAAUAUUUGUCAUUGUAGUUCGGCGUUGAUCCAAGGUUGCCGUGAUUCACGUUGCGUUGGCCUUUUGUCGGGCUUGUUUGGCCAAAAUAUUUAUCAUGUGUAAUGGAACCUUAAGAAUUUUUCAGAAAAAAAGGCUUAGGGAUGGAUUUCUUAAGGAAAUUACAACUAUACUAUCUCAGCAAAUUUCUGCUUUCUGGAACUCCUGAAGUAAUUACUUUUGCAAUUUUUCAAUUAAAACAGCAACAAUUUGUAAGGGAAUUCCUUUUGAAAAUCUGAUCAACUAAAGACCCAAUUUUGACCUUUUAUAAGCAGAGCCGUAGCGUGGUCUCACGGCGCCCUUGGCAAGCAUCCAGAUUGGCGCGCCCCACGACAAUUAGACAUUAUUAUUUUGCUAAAUUUGUUCAUUCAAAGUUAUAAGUACGUUUUCGAAGUUUUCAAAGAGUAUAAGUACGAACACAUUUUGCAUUUCAAGAAUCAUACUUGAACCAGCACAAUAGUUAAAAAUGACAUUUCAGAUUCUUAACAUGAAUGAUGCAUACAUUUCUUAAGGAAAUCUUAGUUUUUUUCCGGAUUUUUUUAAAUGAAUUUUGUUUUCAAAAAUACUGAAUUGAAUUUCAAGAGCAUUCAGAAAUCCUCAAACAUUUUUACUAUUUUUUGGCUAUAGCUUCAAUUGGUUUUAUCAGAUUUUGUAAUAACUUCACCAAAAGUUUCUUCUGUAGUCCAAUCAAAAUAUUUCUUAGAAGAUCUGCAAUACAAUUUUCAGAAAUCAAUAGACAAAACAUGGAAAUGAAGGAAUACCAGGAGAAAUUCCUGAGGGAAUCUCUAUGAGUUUUUUUGAAAUCUCUGGAAGAUUUUUUUUUCUGGAUUCAUUGAAUGAAAUUAUGAAAGAGAUUGUGGAGGAAUUCCUGCAUUUAUCCGAAGGGAUAAAUGAUUAAAAUCUUCAAGAAAUUUAAGUAAGCAUUCUAAAUGGAGUUCAUGGAGCAAUUCGUGAAGAAAUGCCCGUAAUAGUUUGUAGAGGACCAUUGGAAGAGUUAAAAAAAAACUUGGCAGAAUUUUAGAAGGAAUCUCUGAAAAAGUUUCUUAAGGAAUUUUUGGAUGAAUUUCUGAAGGAAUCUAUAAAUGGCUUUCAGAAGAAAGCUUUGGAUAAAUUUUAGAUGAAGUUAAUGGCAGAUUUUCUAACGGAAAACCUGUAGAAAUUUCUGAAUUAAUUCCAAAUUUAUAAUUUUAUGGAGGAAUUUAUGAAGACAUUCAUGAAAAGUUUUCUAGUGAAAUUCUAGCAGAAAUUUAUGGAACAAUCCCUAGUGAGCAAGGUACAGUUUCAUAGAAGAUUUUCUUUCAAAAAUCCCUAGAAGAAUUUCUGAAAGAUUUCAUUCUCAGAAGGACUUCAGAAGGAAUCUCUGGAGUGAUAUCUAAUGGAAUCUCUGCAGGAUUUUUCAUAGGAAUCCAUGGAGGAAUUACUAAAGAAAUCUAUUGAAGGGUUAUUUAGUAAUCCUAAUAGACAUUUUUGCAGGAAUCCAUUGAAGGAAAUUAUUAAAUAUCCAUGUAGAAAUGUCGAGAGGAAUCUUUUGACUAAUUUUUGAAUAAAUUCCUAGAUAACUUCCAGAAAACCUCCCUGAAGGCAUUUCUAAAGGGAUUCUUCGAGAAUUUUUAGUAGGAAUAUCCAAAAGAAUUUUUCAUUAGAUUUUUUUAAAUAAUUUUUAAUAAAAGAUUUUGAGAGAAUUUCUGGAGAAAGUCUUUGAAAAUAUUUCAAAGAAAUCCCUUGAGGAAUUUCUGAAAUAGUUUUUUAAAGAUUUUCUUAAAGAAACCCAGAAAAAAAUCCGAAGAAAUACCUGGUGAAAUUUAUGAAGAAGUUCCCGAAAUAUUUAAUUUGUUUUAAGGGAAUGAACAUAAAAAAUCACUGAUUGUUUCGUGGGUAAAUACCACUUGAAUGAUUUCUGUUAGAUUUACAAGAGUUCAAGCCUGGAGAAACAUUUAUUGGUAAUAACAAUCGUCUUAGACCUGAAAUAUUUUUCAUUUAAAAUACUUGUUGUAAACACUCUAAAAUAUGUCAAUAAAUAAGUUUCCAGUAAUUUUCAAAGAACAAAUUUCACUAGAAUAUCGAAAAGUUAUUGAUUUUGCUUUGCUCCUUAAAAAACAACUAAAAUAACUUCUUAAAAUAAAAAACAAGCUGAAUUCCCAGGUAACAUCAUGAUAAAUAAUCUAGAGAACGAAUUUUUGAGGAAAACGUAAUGUAAACAAAACACUCGAUUAAUCUUCGAAAUUUUGAAGUCUUGGUAACAUACAAGAAACCAAUAGCAUCAUACUGUUCCUUCUAGCCGUAGACUUUUUCAGCGCCCCUUAGAGGCUGGCGCCCUUGGCGGGGGCUCUGUUUACAAAUCCUGGUUGAAACUAUGACGGAUUUUGGGAGAGAUCCCCAACAGGGCUUUCUGAACAAACAUCUGAUCUGGAAUAGUGCUUUUACAUGUGCUUUUACAGUGAUUUUACAUGUAAAAUCCUAAGAAAAAUUGCUGGAGCACUUCCUGGUUAAAUUCAGUUACGUGAAACUAAAGCAAAACAUUUGUUCUUAUUUUUUGAAUAAUAGCUGGAGGGAAACACUUGAGGAAUUUCUUGAGAAAAUUUGGGAAUUUUGAUACGAAUUCCUGGAGAGUUUUCUGAAAAGUUUUUUGAUACUAGAUUUCCUCAGGCAAAUACUCUUGCAGUUCAUCUGAAGGGAAUUUCUCUAGAUUCUAAUCGAAUCUAUCCUGGAAUUCCAGAGGAAAUUGUAAAUAAUAGUUUUUCCCUUAAUUCAAAAACUACACAAGACAGUUUUUCUCGUUUUUUUAAGAAUUUCGGGGAAGAAAUCCUUCAAAAUGUCCACCUUGAAUCAUUUAUCUGUUUUUUUUUUCUGUUCUCAUUUCACAAAAAAAAGUCAUAAAUUUGGGUUUUUCCAAGAUUUUUUUUUUGUGAGCUUUACCCCAUUUGGCAUGACGGUCAUUUGACAUAUUGGCCAUUUGGCAUAACAAGGAUUAUGUACAUUCUUACCAAGAAGGCUAUUCUUCGCAUUAUGCCAAACUGCAUUAUGCCAAAUGACAUUAUACCAAUGGGGUAGAACCAUUUUUUUCUUGCUGAUGGUUCUUAACCUGUUUUCCGCCGAUGGAGCAACGGAUGAAUGAGUGAGCUCGUUCCAUAAUUUCAAAAUUUAAUGCAAUUAUCUCUUAAUGUUCCAAGCCUUUUUAAGGUUUGGAAUCCGUUGUCCGAAUUUGUCCACGAUUUUUUUCAGUACUUCAUCCCAAAGAUUCUACAUCUUUUUCUCCCAGAGAUUUUUCCCGGAGUUCCUCGGGAAUUCUUUCAGGAGUUUCUUCGUUGAUUGCAGUAAGACAAUUUCCUAUUAGAGAUUCUUCUGCGGUACCUUUAGUAAAUCGCUUGGGAUUUCUCUAGGUAAUUCUUAUGGAUUGCUCCAAAAAUUGUUUUAGGAUUACCCGAGGAUUCUUUCAAGAAUAUUUUUGAGGGUAUAUCUCAUAGGAUUUUUUUUUUAUUUCUGCUAUAGGGGAACUUACGUAUUUUGGGCAGUUUUGUUCUCUUCGUCAUGGGGGUUUUUCUAAAACCUGUUGUUCUCAGAGUUGGCCUCAAAUCCUUCCCAAUCAAGCUGAGUUAUAUGCUCAAAUUUCAGGCGAUUUGGCCCACAAAAACCCCCCAUGACGAAGAGAACAAACCUGCCGAUAAUACCCUUUGUCACCCUACUUAUAGUUAUAGUUAUUUCUGGAAAUUCCUACAUAAAUUUUUAGGGUGUCUCCUUCUCAGAUUCCUCUAAGAAUGUUUCUGGAAUUCCUAUAGAUUAGUUAUUCCUACAAAAAUUUGAGAUGCUUUUUGUAAUUCCUCACGGAAUUGUUUUUGAGUUUCCUCCAGUAGUUUCUAAAGGAAUUCAACCAAGAAUUCCUCUAUGAGUUCCUUAUGAGAUUCUGUAACAUUUCUGUAAGUGUUUCUACUAAAAUUCCUUUAGGCAGUCUUACAGAAUUCUUCUAUGUAAUUUCUAAUAAUUCCUUCAGAAAUUCUUUCGAGAUUUCUCGAUGGUUUUUUUUUCAGAGAUUCAUUCUAAGAUUCCUCCGAAAGCAUGUUCCUGGGAUUACUCUAGGUAAUCUCGAAGGAUUAUCACUUUCAUUGAAAUUCGUCAAGCGAUAAUCCGCGAAAGUCUCUUCGAAAUCCCUCCACAAGUGUUUUCGGAAAAUGCACCAGAAGUUCCUUUGGAGAGCUUCCUUUGGGAUCCAUUACAGGUCACACCAGAAAUUAUCCAUGAUUUUCUUCUUAAAUUUCUAUACGAAUACCUUCACGGAUUUCUUUAGGAGUUUCUUUUAGGCUACCUUUUGAAAAUCUAAUUGAAUUUUCCUAUGCAAUCACGUGAAAUUUCUCCAGAAUUACUUUCGGGAUUCCCCAAGGGAUUCCUUCUGGGAUUCCUCCACACGAGUUUUUCUGAAACUUCUUCAGGUAAUCUCGUACGAUUCUACUUAGACGUUUUUUUUUAUUUUGUUGAGAAGUUUUUGUUUAGUUAUUUUGAAGGGUUCCACUCGGCCCUUUCAGAAGUUCCUUCUGGAAUUAAGCCAGAUGACUCUUUUUAAAUUCCUUCUCCGAUUUCCUCCGGUUUUUUACUCUUAGAAGUCCUGCGAUUUCUUCUGAGAUUUCUCCAGGAGUUUCUUUUGAAAUUCUUACAGUAAUUCUUCCCGAGCAUCCGUAACAAUUGAUCUCCAUCAGGAGUGCCUUCCGGAAAUCUUUCAGAAGUUCCAUUUGGAUGCCCUCCUGGGGUUUCUUCUGGGAAUUUUCCAGAAGUUUGUUCUAAAAAUCGUCCUGGAGUUCUUUAUUGGGACUCUACAGAAGUUCUUUUCUCGAAUAAUUGAAGCAUUUAAGAGAAAAAUGUUAAAAACAAAAGUUUCACUUGUAUUGGUGGGAUUCGAACCCAUGACUCCGUAUAGCUUGUCCGGCGCUUCGACCAACUGGGCCGAAUAACAAGUUACGUCUCUGCGGAACUGGAUUGCUUUGGGAACCUUCCAGAAGUUUUUUUUAGGAAUCCUGCAGGAGUUCUUCCUGGAGAAAUCUUUUGAUGAAACUUCAGGAUAAAUCCAGAAGGAAUUCUCGGAGGAAUCCUAGACUAAAAUCAUGUAGAAAUUUUUAAUAGAAUUCAUGUGAAUUUGAGUGAAUUCAAGUGGUCUCAUGUAAUUCCUCAAUGGGUAUCUUCUGGGAUUCCUCUGAGAAUGUUACUGGACUUCCUCUAGGAAAUCUUGUACGAUUCUGCUUGAUGGUCCCUCUCGUGUGUUACUUUGAGACUUAUUUAAGCAAUUUCUUAAGAAGUUUCUCUCGCAGAAGUCCCUUCAAAAUCUCUCCAGGAAUGUCUCCGAAAAAUCCACCAGGCGUUUCUCCAGCCAGAGAUUCUUCAGGAGUUUGAUAUUUCAAUUAGAAACUCAAUGAGGAUUAUCUUCAGAAGUUUCUGUUGAGAUUCCUUCACGGACUUUCCACAAUUACUUUUAAGAUUCCAUCUGGGAUUACUCCUCGAGGGUUACUACGGGACAGGUUUUUGAGAUUUCUUCACGUACCUAAUCUCGUGCAGCCCGCUUAGAUGUCUAUUGGAAUUCGUUAAGAAGUUUGUGUUUGGAUAUCAAAAAUAGUUCCGGACCCACGAAACUUUCUUCCGGAAUUGAACAAGAUGUCUUCUUUUAAAUUUCUCCAGGAUUUCUUCUAGUUGUUUUUAGAAGUUCCUGCGAUAAUCUUGUCAAUUAUUUUCUGAAUUUCCCCCAUACAUUCUGUCUGAGAAUUCACCAGGAGUUUCUUUUAGGGUUCUCUCUGUAAUUCGUUUCGGGUUUCUUCCAGGAGUUCUUUCUGAGAAUCUUCCUCAUGUUUUGCCUGAAAAUUCUCUAGAAGUUCUUUAUCAGAAGUUCCAUCCAGGAACCAAGAAAGAGCCAUCCAGGGGUUCGUUCUAAGAACCAUCCAGAGGUGGAAUCUUUAAGGAUGUACUCAUUCUCGCAUGUCAAAGUAAGAAAUCUCGACUCGAAUGAGGUGACUCUCCAUUUGAUUUACACGGCGAGUCACUUCAUUUGAGUCGUGAUUGUUCACCUCGAUAUGCGAGUCGAGCUAGGUCACGUCCCUCCAUUCGUAGAAUGAGCACAGGAGUUUCUGUGAAAAUCGCUAGAUCCAAUUUCUGGAUUAACCGUCAGCAUGAAAUCUUAGAGUAAUCCCAGACUAGGCUGCUUAAAGGAAUUUCUGAAGAAAUCUACAGAAGGAGUUUUCCUGAUAGCUUUCCUGCAGUAAUCCAUAAAUAGAGCUCGUAGAUGAAUUUUCAAAAGAAAUUGCCAGAUGCAAUUGUGCUUAUUCGACUAGACUAUCGAGGUGAGAAAUCUCGUAUCGAAUGAGGUGACUCGCAAUGCAAAUCAAAUGGAGAGUCACCUCAUGCGAGUCGAGAUUUCUUACCUCGAUAUUCAAGUUGAGCUGCGUCACGUCACUCCAUUCACAGAAUGGGCACAAAUUUCUGGUGAAACCCCUCGAGUUCCUGGGGAUUUGGAUUGUGAAAAGAACCAAGUCAUGUACGAUAGUGGAAUCGAGUUCAGUCCUGCGUCUUUAGGGACGAUGGUUAAGUGGCUCCGUAGCUUUGAGGAAAGAAACGCCCGUCUAGAGAUUUGAGACGCGUGGGUACAAUUCCCACCGGAAUACAAGGAUUCUUUUUUUGCAAUUCAAAUAUCUAAUUGUUCACCAAACACGUGUUUUUGUUAUAUACAUGAAUGUCAAAGCAUUUUCAUCAUUGUAAAGUUAAUUGACACUCAUGGAAUUCCUGUUAGAAUUGUAUCCAAUUUACACAGGAAAUUACUCUUGGAAUUUACAAGAUCGAAGAUCUUUUUGAAAUUAUCCAGGAAAAAAACUGUUUUUUUUUUUGCUAAACUUCCACAGACAAGCCUUCGCGAAAUUUCAUGUUGACUACUAAUAGUGAAUUCCUCAUGGAAUUGUUCAUCGAAUUGCUCUUUAUGAUGAAAUAAUUGCUGAAAUAAUAGUUUUAGAGUUUAAAUAUUUCAGAAUCCUACCCGAAAAACUUCCAGGAAUUUGAGCCGGAAUAUUCAGUUUCAGUAUUUCAGAAAGAAUCACUUGAAGAUAACGACUAAUGCAUCGUUCUCCACCAGUGGCUUCGAAAUAUUGAAGUAUUGGUUUCAAACACGCAUCUUACGUACGAUUAACGAAAAUCAGUGGCAACAAAAAACCUAUUUCAUCAUUCCUUUUUGCCCACCUUUUUAUUUUUCAAAGUUUUUUAGGAAUCAACUCCCAAACAGAAGCAAACCACGUUCGAGGAUAGCUAAUACCAACAAUAAUUCACUCACACAAAAGUACUGACGGACGACAAAGAAGAUGUAACUAAAUAACUAAAACAAACACAAUUUAACCUAGGAAAUUGAAAAUAAAAAAAAACAGUAGAUAAUAGUGAUAUAAGUAUUAAUUUAUUUCAUCCCUCGUUUUUCACCCCACCCCAGGGUAGCUUCCCUCGUAGUAGAAGUUGUAUAAUUCGAAUUUGCUAAGCGUUGCUGUCGUUCUUCUUGUUUUUUAACCGUUUUCGUUUCGUACUUAACCUCACUCCCUUGGGAGCGACGCCGUUAACACCGAAAACCUUUAAACCUAACCCAAUUGAACGCGGAACGCGGACAAACCCCCAGAAAUGUUUCGAUCAAAAUGACCACAGCAUCCAGGCCAAAUCUGACGUGAGUAAACAAAAAAAAAACUGUAUUAUUAUGAUGGAGAGGAGCUGAACAAGACGCGAGAAAAAGUCCAUUAGUUGUGUAAGUUGAUGUUUGCGUGUUUGUGUGCGUGUGUGGCGCGAUCGAAUUCCCAUAAACACGCAGCUGAAUAAAAAGACUUUUGCGAAUGUUUUUUUACAUUUUAGGUUUUAGGAUACUAAUUCGUUUUGUUAACUUUUUCUGCCGCGGUGGUUGUCGUCGCAGAUCCCGCGGACAAGUCUCUCACAAACACACACAUACACACACACAAUCCGUGUCUAAUCAUUACGUUUAGGGAAGAAUAAUCAUGAUGGAAGUAAUACUUGGUAUGCAUAUAAUUUGUGGUUAACGCUUAACCUUGUGCAAGAGAAGGUGGGAAUACGGUAACAAGGAAAUUGAAAUGGGAGCAUUUGUGCAAACUAAACUAAAAAUAAAUCAAGAAAUGAUUAACUUAUCGAUGACUCAAAUCAAACACAGAACGAUGAGAAAAAAAGAGAAAUGUUAUUGAAUAACUAUUUAGGGCCGUGUAUGCCGAAGUAUGAAACAAAAAAAAAACAACACUGUAAUUCCUAACUGAUUUAUAUUUUAAUCGAACUACCAACGGAAUGAAAAAAAAACAACAAGAUAUGAUUCGGCUGUUGAUGGAGAUGGACUUCCAGACGCAGCAACGCCACUUAAUUUACUAGUAAUUUGUUCUUUAAUUAAUAAAAAAAACCUCACCACUUUGUUCGAGAAUGUAUGUACAUCAACCCAACCUCCUUAAUAUUGUGUAUUAGUCUGAUGGAAACAAAAAACAAAAAAGAGAAAACAACAACAAAAAAUGGAACAAACCAAGUUAAUGAACGAAAAACCAAUUUUAUUUAAGGAUUAAAAUAUAAUCGUUUUUAUUAACAA